UCCUCGUGGGCGGGAACAUCAACAGUAGAGAGUGGAAGUGCAGGAAGUGAGUGAGAGAGAGAGACGGUGGAGGAGAAGAGGCUGUGGUGGCAGCUGUGGUUGACCGGGGUUCGCGGAGGGGGCGAGGCGGUCGCCCCUGAAUGCCUCUUCAACCGCGCAUGGACGACCACCUCAGCCUCCUACAAUCACCCCCGCCGAGCGUAACUAAAACCCGGGGCGAUAACCUGGUGAACCACGGAUACACUGAGACAGAGGCCGACGUGAUGACUGUUGUGGCGUGUGACAACAUGCUAGAAGAGUCGGCGGCUCUCCCGGGCCAUCACUCUCUGGACCGAUAUGAACCAGAUCACGAAUGCUGCGAGAGGGUUGUCAUCAACAUCUCAGGGUUACGCUUCGAGACGCAACUCAAGACUCUCUCCCAGUUUCCAGAGACGCUGCUGGGGGAUCCCAAAAAGAGGAUGAGAUACUUUGAUCCUCUCAGGAACGAGUACUUUUUUGAUCGAAACCGACCCAGCUUUGAUGCCAUUCUGUAUUACUACCAGUCUGGCGGGCGCAUCAGAAGACCCGUUAAUGUGCCCAUUGACAUUUUCUCUGAGGAGAUCCGGUUCUAUGAGCUGGGUGAGGAGGCUAUGGAGAAGUUCAGGGAUGAUGAGGGCUUCAUAAAGGAGGAGGAGCGGCCGUUGCCAGAUAAUGAAUUUCAAAGACAGGUGUGGCUGCUUUUUGAAUACCCAGAGAGCUCGGGUCCCGCACGGGGCAUAGCGAUAGUGUCUGUCCUGGUCAUUCUCAUCUCCAUUGUCAUCUUCUGCUUAGAGACACUGCCGGAAUUCAGGGACGAUAACAGGCAUCUGAUCAGCAUCGCACCUGUGAUUAAUGGCACACUCCCGUAUUUCACCAGCCCCUUCUCUGACCCCUUCUUUGUUGUGGAGACGGUGUGUAUCAUCUGGUUCUCCUUUGAGCUGCUGGUGCGCUUCUUUGCGUGCCCAAGUAAAGCCACGUUCUCCAAAAACAUUAUGAAUAUUAUUGACAUUGUGGCGAUCAUUCCCUAUUUCAUCACGCUGGGCACAGAGCUGGCAGAGAGGCAAGGAAACGGACAGCAGGCCAUGUCAUUAGCCAUUCUGCGCGUAAUUAGGCUUGUUCGGGUAUUUCGCAUCUUCAAACUCUCGCGUCACUCCAAAGGGCUCCAGAUUUUAGGACAGACUCUUAAGGCCAGUAUGCGUGAGCUGGGCCUGCUUAUUUUCUUCUUGUUCAUCGGUGUCAUUCUCUUCUCAAGUGCUGUCUAUUUUGCUGAGGCAGACGACCCAGAUUCGGGCUUCAGCAGCAUCCCCGAUGCAUUCUGGUGGGCUGUUGUCACCAUGACCACCGUGGGCUAUGGGGACAUGCAUCCCGUGACAAUCGGGGGGAAGAUUGUUGGGUCUCUGUGCGCCAUCGCAGGUGUGUUAACCAUUGCCCUGCCUGUGCCUGUUAUCGUCUCCAAUUUCAACUACUUCUACCACAGAGAGACGGAGGGCGAGGAGCAAGCACAGUACCUGCACGUGGGCAGCUGUCAGCCUCUACCAGACACAGAGGAGCUGAGGAAGUCUCGCUCCUCUUCCUCACUCAGCAAGAGCGAGUAUAUGGUGAUAGAGGAGCACGGGAUCAACAGCUCGUUCAAACAACAACAAAACUUCCCCACCGCCACGCAAAAUAACUCGCAUAAUUGUGUGAAUACAAACAAAAAGAUUUUCACCGACGUGUAGCCAAUUAUUGAGGCAUGGCUCUGAACACAGGAAGGGGUGGUGUGUAAACACACAGCUGUUUCUGUCGCUGCGCUCCAGCGUGUGGAAGCAGCGGUAGAUGAGAUGAAGAAACGUAGGAAUAAAAAGAAAGAGAGAAAGAGAGCAAACCCCUGUCUGUUCAGAGACGCUGCGUUGUGCUUCAUUCAAAGAAUCAGGACUUUUCAUUUCAGUGAUUUGCGUUCCUUUCGCGCUUGGAGAGAAAGAGCUCCUUAAAGUAUUAGACCUAUUUUUUCUUCACUGAGUUAGGGAAUUGACCUGUUGUGCAUUGUACAAUAGCCAAUAUAUUAUCACAACAGGUAGUAAUAUAAGCUAACUGUGAAAGAUGAGCACUCACAUUGUAUUAGCAUUCGUUAUGAGUCGUGAUUCGUCAUUCAUAGCCUAUGUAUACUAUUGAGCAUAAUUUAAAUAUGUGUGCGUGUUUAAACACAUGUAAUGUCUGAAAAACACAGUUCUGCAUAUAUAAUCUCAAUUAGACCGUUCUGUGAUAUGCCUUUAUUGUGCGUUAAAGUAUAGUCCAAAUGUUAGUCUUUAAAAAGAAUCCCCUAUAAUUCCUUGAUAUGAACUGUCCCAUUUGUAUAAACGGCACCAUAUAAACACUGGGGGCCGCCGACUGUCAGUCAUUAUCGGUGCAAGACACGCGCUCUUUCACGCACACAUACAGCGAUCGAAGAUGGCGCGUGCUUCUCUUUGGAUGCUUCAAAUAUAUCCUAGCCCGCUGUGAUGCAGUCGCUAUGGCGACGGUCGUUUCCUCGGUAACCCCAAGCACCGUUGCCAUGGCACCCUUGUUUCCACAGUAACCUCCCAGAUGGCUCGGAAGCUAUAUUGAAGAUUCUUAUGAAAAUAGUUUGUAUUUAAUCUCUAAUAAGACUGUUUGGUCAUCACGCGUAAAAUACAAGCCCAAACAUACCCACCGCGACUAUCGCCAAUCAACAAGCUCCCUCAGUGACUUUAGUAUUGACUCAAAAACGAAUUGAAGGUCUGUUUACUUGUUGCUACCAUGAACUGCCUCCCAAAAAUGAACCAGGCACAAUUUAGAGAUGUGCUAAACUGGGGUAUGUGGAAGGAGAGGCAGCGCGUGAGGAAUUAUGAAUGGACUGGAAGCUCAUUGUGUCUGGCUGUCCUGAGUGCGGUACUGCAGACGCUCAGCAGAGGCUGCUGUUCUCCCAUUGAUAAAACUGAUGAAAGUCGUUCCAUUUUUUCUGCACAGACCUCCUGGAACCCCUGACGACCCCAAUUAUACUGCCGCCCAUUUAGGGGCGUAAUGACUCUGGUCUUCCUGUUCGGCCAGAUGGGCCAAAGUUAAGAGUUGAGACAGAACUCCCACUGGAUCAACUUUUCUUCCCUCUUACCCUCCUGACUGGUGUCCUCAAACUUGGACUAGGUGCCUACAAGUUCACCCCUUCCAGUGGAUCACCACUCAAUCCAAAAUGCAAUUGCUAGAAGGACAAAAAACACACUAAGUAUAACAUAUUCCACAUACAGUUUUUGUAGCUGCAGUUGUCUGACUGCGUCUCUUCUAGAGUUAACACACUGUGAGUGGAACCAUCCUGGCAUCAACAAUUUCAAACAGCUUCAACUGGUACUCUGACAUUACUCCAUACUGCUUUCUAUAUAACAAUUCAACAGGACAGGUUUAGGAAACAGCCAGCAAUUUUGCAAAGCACACUUAAAUCCUGGACUUUACACAUAUGUCUACUAUAAUCCUGAUUCUGGGUAAUGAUAUUCAUUACGAACUAUAACUGACAAACAUAUUUUGCUUCAUGUCAAAAACCGAGGCCAACCGUGAUUUGCUGAUAUGAAACUGUGAUACAAAUCAAAGACUGUUAGCCAUAUGCCUUUUGUUAGCUCUGUGUGCUCUAUAUUGCUAAGAUGUGAAACACACACCUAUGUUCGUGUGCUGGUUGCAGCAGUUCUCCUGACCUAAACACAUGAAGAACAAUACAGAGGCAUGUACGUACACACAGACACAUACACGCACAACCAUGUAUACUCGUGUCUGUGAAUGGCUCUCUUUUAUCCCAGAGUGCACUGUUUUCUUUUGGGAUUGAGCAGAAUAAUGUCAGGGGAAGGCUGUUUGCCAGUAUUUGUUCUGUGUUAUUCUGUGCUGUCUUAAACAUGACCCAUAUAAAGAGA